UAUCACAGUCUCGUGUCACACCCCCAGUCUGCCACUGUGAGCACAUAAAGCUGCUUUACAACAUUUGACUUGAAGAGAACAGUUUGGUUACGACUUAAUACGACACAUUUGUCAUUUGGAAUUAAAUAAACUACGUUCUUAAUCUGGAUACUUCAGUUUAAACCAACUGGAUAUUGCCUUUUUCUCCGACAGAAUGAUUUAAAUAGCUAACGUUAUUUUAAGUUUAACGAGUUAUUUUUUUCUCUUUCAAAACGAACGGAAACUAAUUCAGUCACCUGUAACAUUUGACAGUAAAUGAAUCUUUUCAUCGUGGACUACAUCUAAUUAUAGGCACAUAUGUGAAAGGCAACAAGCAACAAUGUCAAAGACACAGAAAUCAGAGUCUAGGUCUCGCUCCCGCUCGGCCUCCAGAUCAAGAUCCCAUUCUGAUUCCCGCUCCCGUUCCAGAUCAAAAAGCAGCUCUAGAUCUAGAUCCAGGAAACGGAGAUAUUGGUCUCGCUCUCGGUCAAGAUCCCAUUCUCCACCCCACAACCGGGAGAGGAACCAAACACGGGAGUACCAGAACCAACGGGAGUUUCGAGGCAAUCACAGAGGCUUCCGGAGGCCAUAUUACUUCCGGGGCAGAGGUCAGGGCUUUUUCCGUGGCCGCUUUCAGCGUGGUGGAAGGGGUGGAUAUAAUAACUACAGACCCAAAAACUGGCAGAACUUCCGGCAGCACUAUCAGCAGCAACAGCAACAGCAGCAGUACCACCCCAACAGCCCCAAGAGGGGCCGCUCGCGUUCUCCCAAGAAGCAGUCAAAAAGUCCUCAGUCCCGCAGUCAUUCCCGCCGCUCUGACAGGUCGUCUUCAGGGAGAUCGCCACAGUCACACCAUUCUUCCUCCUCCAACGCUGGGUCUGCCAAACGCAAUUGCAAAGAUGUCAGAGAGGACAUCUCUGUGCCCGAAGAACCCCAAGGAGGAGGAGAUGGGGCUCUGGCAGAGCAGGUGGGAGGCUCUCCAGUGGCCAAAGGGAACUCUGAUGGAGACAGGGCUGUGGAGGACUGUCAGGUUUUGAGGAACCAUGACACUAGUCCGAGAAAGACAAGUCCACAGGUUUGCUCCACUGUCACUAAUGACCAACCGAUGGACUCUGCAACCAACGAGACAAGUCCUGCUCGUGAUGCUCCUAAUAAAGGUGCCACCACCUGGCAAAGUUCAAACACCAGCCCCAUAAAGAAAAGCCUUACACCAGUUUUCAAUGGUUUUGGGCUCUUUACAAAUAUUGACCAACAGACAGAUGAUACAAUUGCUAUCUCCGCUGCGUUUUUGAAAUUUCUGGAGGAGCAAAAUCUUAAAAAACUGUCCGCUACAUGGGACGACACCAUGCAUAAAGGGAAAAGUAAUGGAGAUAUAGUAUGUGAUAAAGAAAACGGAGAAAUGUUUGAAAAGGGCAUUGAGUUGUCUCACACUGCAGAUCACGACAACACAGAAGAAAAGGAGAAAUCCAAAUCUGCCAAGAGUGGUGAUGGUAACAAGUUAUCCAUAAGCUCCGCUAAAAGGGGUUCACGAAACGGCCCGACACUUCUGUGCAAGGAUGACGAGGACGAUGAUGAAGAGAUGGAGAGGUCUGAUAGGGUGAAGGAUAUGGGAAACGAUCCCUCAAAAAGCAAAAGCAAAGUCACGGUGUCCGCUCGUGAGAUGUUCGAGAAUCGUGUAAGGAGGAUGCAGGACAUGGCGUGGGAUGAUGACCUGGAAGCUCUCCUGCUCUGCCAUAAACAGGAGAGAGCAGCCAAUUUACUAGCUGCUCUAUCAAAGAGAGACCAGCUCAGUGGCAUGUUUAAGGAUCCCUCACCUGAAAAGCUCUCUAAUGUAAAACGAAAGGAGAAAACCACACUAAGUUCCUCUUCUAAACCCACACUGCUGCCCAGGAGGAGCUCUGAGAACCGUGAGCAAGAGAUGUUUGUGGUUAUGAAUGAGGAAUCCCCUCCGAGAGCUUCGGUGAAAAGAGGAAGUGAAUUCAGCAUGAGGAUGGAUUCUCUAAGUGAUGACCUUGCAAGGACCUCUGUUUUGAGCAAUGAAAGAAGGAAUCUUCUAGAUUUACUGGAUCUUGAUAAAAAGGAUUUGGAGUUUCAGUCUGUCCUUCAGCAUCUUCGGGCUCAGCAGUCACCCAAAAGCCCAUCUGAGCUGUUUGCCCAACACAUAGUUUCAAUUGUCCAUCACAUUAAAGCUCAAUAUUUUCCUUCCUCUGGAUUGACUCUAAAUGACCGAUUUGCCAUGUACCAGAGACGAGCUGCUGAGAAAGAAUUCAUGAAGCAGAGAAAGAGUCCAGAGAUACACAGGAGAAUUGAUGUUUCUCCCAGUGCUUUUAAGAGGCACUCUCUCCUGUUUGAUGAGAUGAAAAGCUCCAUGGAAAACAGCUUCAAGGUUGAUGGUAAAAAUUCUAAGGGUGAUUCAGUGGACCUUCGGCUGGAUAUUGAGCGCAGAAAGAAAUACUUGAGUGGGGAGAGAGAGCACAGAGAGGAAGAGUAUGGAGGAAGAGCAUCGAGGGAUUCUCCAGAUCCGAGCAAGGAAAUAUCCACUGAGAAAAACUCAAAGAAGCACAAAAAAAUGAAGAAAAACAAGAAGAAACGUGAGCAUUCUGAGUCACCUUCCUCAUCUUCAUCGUCUUCCUGUGUUUACCACGAAGAAGACGCUGAGAUCAAGGCAGAAAGUUUCUCCAAAAUACAACAGGGUCUUAGAGAGUAUGGAGAGCCUGCAGAAAGAGGACGGGCACGGGGAGGCUUUCAGCUUCGAAUACGCGGCAGAAGUUGGAACCGAGGAAAUUUCCAUGGAAGCAGUAAUGGUGACUCAAAGAUGAACAUGUCAGCAAAGAAUGACGACUGGGAUCAAGAAUACCCUCCCAAGAGCAAGAAAUACUUCCUACACAGUAACAGAGAUGGAGAAGCUGAGAAGAUGAUGAUGGACACACGAGAACGUGGUCGCGGAAAUGCUCUUCGCGCAAAGGGACGUUUCAUCCUCCGGAGGGCCACAAAUACCAACACAACCAAUUAUACGAGCCCUAAAUGGGCCCAUGAUAAAUUCCAGACCACUGAUGAUGAUGAUGAGGGCGAACAGCAAAGAGAAGAUGUAAAGCAGGACCAGUGAGAACAGAGCAGUAACGAUGUUAAGAUCCCUCAUCGUGUUUUAAACCCUGGGAUAAGACUUGUCAGCCUUCACACUUUCAAGAAUGGAUAUAAUAUUCACAUCUAUGCAUCUAAAACUUUUCAUAGGAAAAGUUUUUAUUGUAUUGCUUUGAUUUCCUAUUUCCGUGAGGAAGCUUUUUGUCAGCUUGGUCUUGUUUUGUGCUUUCUGUGUAUUUUUUUUUUUUUACAUGCAAACUCAUAGUUCAUAGAAAAAUGCAUAUUAUGGAGUUUAAGCAAAGUUAUUUAGAGCCAUAUUCAUCUAAUCAUUCAUGGCAGACUGUUAAAGGUAACUUAUUUUCAAACCUUAAAUCUCUGGAGCAAUUAGCACUCCAUCUCGAAACCGAGACUAUUUUAUUGCAACUCACAACUUUUUUAGUUUCCAAUUUUACUGAUAGCUUGUCUAUGGAUAGUAUUGAUUGUUUUAUGAAAUACAGUACAAUUCAACAUGAUACGACACAGCAUAGUUUAUUGGCCACACUGCUUCAUAGAUGUUGAUUUCAGGCAUCAAAAAGCUCAUUUUAUUUGACCACUAGUUCAAUGGUUAUGUGCCUGUUGAUCCACCAUAGUGCCUGAAGUGUAGAAUACCAGUAUAGAACUAUGGCUGAUUAUGUACUCAUUAUUGCUGUUGAAAAAAAAAAGGAUGUACAUAUUAAUGUUUUGUGGACUGUUUUUUUGAAACUUUUUGAGACCCUUGUGUGUCUACCUAUAGAAAGGAAGAUCAUGACUUAAUAACUUAUUAAUAUGAAUGACCCUAAUGUCUCGCUAUGGGACCAAACUACAGCAGGUAGACAUUCAUGUCCCAGUCAAUGACAUGUGGGGGAAAAAGAUUUACAUUUAUCCAACUUUGAAACUGGACAAACAGCCUACAGAUAAACUUAAAUGUACAUGCACUUACAAAUGUUUUAAAGACUGUUACAUUUUUGAUUUAUUAGGGUGCAAGUUUUUGACAAUCUGUGUGUGCAUCCUGUUUUUUUUAUGGGUUUUCUAAUGUGUGUCCUGUCUUCAAAUUGUAUGCCUUUUUCUGUUGGCUAAGCACCUUUAUUUUUGUUUUUGAAGAGUUGGAGUAAAAAGAAUAUGCUGGGGGGAAAGUGAAAAUUUUCAUUCAAACUCAAAAUUAGAUUUAGCUGUCUGGGUUCUGAUUUGCACUGUCUGACAUGCAUUUUGACUUGCAUUUAUAUACUCACAAUCAGAAAGAAAUAAAAAUGCAGUAAUUUUA